AUGGAGCUGGAGGACGGUGGGAUCCAGACGACGCCGAAUCUGCCGCAGGACAUCUUGAUGGCCAUCUUCGCCGCGUUCGAGAUCCCCGACCUGGUGCGCGCUGGCUCCGUAUGCUCCUCCUGGCGCUCCGCCUACGAAACCCUGCGCAACCUCGGGCUCUACAACCAGUCCCAGACGCCAUGCCUGCUCUACACCUCUGAGUCCGACGGCGAGAGCACCGCGCGCCUCUACAGCCUCGCGGAGAAGAAGGCGUACAAGCUGACUCUCCCAGACCCGCCUAUCUGCACCAGGUCUCUGAUUGGGUCCUCGCCUCAAGGCCUGCUGGUUACGGUGGACGACAGGUCCGAGAUGCACCUUCUCAACCCCAUCACCGGUCAACAGGUCGCCCUCCCGUCGGUGAUCACCAUCCGGCAGGUGAGCCCCAUCUACGAUGACUCCGGCGUCCUCGACAUGUACAGAUACUCGGCCCACACUAGGCAUACCGUUCUCGCGCUGCCAGCAAACCUUGCUCUCAGCGAGCUGCGCCACCAGCUCCAUCACAAGGCUUUUGUGUUUUCUCUUUCCGAUGACCAUGCAUCCUCAUCCUCAGGAGGAGGAGGAGGAGGAGGAGGAAGAGGACACAUUGUGGUGCUGAUCCACAACCCGUCUUGCCAGCUCUCCUUUGCGAGGGUAGGGGCCGAGAGCUGGACCUGGUUGCCACCACACACCUCCUAUGACGACUGCAUGUACAAGGAUGGCCUCAUGCAUGCGGUGACUUCAAAGGGAGAAAUCCAUGGCUUCGAUCUUGCCAGCCCUGCCCCUGUGGCCACCAUGAAGGUAAUUAUGGAGGGACCAAUGACUUACAGAUGCCUUCGUAUGUACAUCAUACAAGCCCCAUGGGGCGAUCUUCUGCAGGUUUGGAGAAAAUUUGGGGAUCAUGAUUUAGGAGAUACGCCCCAGUCAUCUGUGUUUUGGAUUACCGGCAAAAUUAGAGUAUAUAAAGUUGAUGCCGCGGCGAACGAACUCGAGAGAACCAGUUGCUUGCGCGGUCAUGCGUUGUUCCUUGGGCAUAAUCAGUCGAUUUGUCUUAGUACCGAAGAACACCCGGCUCUUAAGGCCAACCAUGCCUACUUCACCGACGAUUGCAAAUAUUGGACAAUGGGACUUCAGAAUAAUCGCCGCAAUAUGGGAAUUCUCAACUUGGAUGAUAACUGCAGCGACGAACUUCUGUCUCCUCACCUUUGGUCCAAUCGUCCGGCCCCCAUAUGGAUUACACCAAAUCUCAGAGAGAUAAAUUUUAAUUUGGAUAAUUAG